AUGGAGGACUUGGGAAAGAUUGGUAACAGGGCUUAUGCUUUUAUCUCAGACCAGCAAAAGGGUCUGGUUCCAGCUGUUCAGAAGAUCAGUGAACAUGUGGAGCAAUGUCUAUGUGUCAAACAUCUUUAUGGCAACUGGAAGAAGAAGUAUCCUGGGCUAGAAUUGAAAGAGGUUCUUUGGAGUGCAGCAAGGGCUACAACAAUUACAUCUUGGGAGAGGGCUAUGCUGAAGAUGAAAACCAUGAAUCUAGCAGCUUGGAAUGACAGGAAGGAUACCCCUGCACAACAUUGGAGCAUGUCACAUUUUAGGACUUAUUCUAAAUGUGACCUACAUUUGGUGCUUGAGAAGAAUAAGAAACAUGCUGAACAUUGGACUCCUACAUGGUCUGGUGAUGAUGACUUAGCCAUAUAUGGUGUGACAAAUGGAAAUGAAACUUAUGUUGUUAACCUAAAGGAACACACUUGUGCAUGCAGGAAGUGGGAUUUGACUGGAAUCCCUUAUAGUCAUGCCAUUACUUGUAUAUGUAAGUCCACUUUCAAGAACACUUACUCUCACAUAGUGUCGUACCCUACAAAUGGGCCUCAGCUAUGGCCUGUGGAUGGCCAAUUUUCAAUCAACCCACCAGUGAUGAGGAGGGCAAUUGGUCGUCCCAAAAAGAUGCGAAACAAGGUCAGUGAUGAGCCUAGGAAUCCACAUGUUCUUCCUGGAAAACUAACUACAGUGACUUGUCACAAGUGUGGAGGUAUGGGACAUAACAAAAGAAGUUGCAAGGGCAAGAGGGGUGCUGACAUUGCAAUUCCAAAAGGGGGAAACAAGAAAGCAAAGAAAACUGAUCCAACAGGUGGUGAAAAACAGAAACAGAAGAAGGCAAAGAAGACUGCAUCAACAAGUGGUAGCAAGACAAAAUAA